GUGGAAGGACGUGUCAAAUGUUUGUUGGAGUUUUUAUCCGAGCUGAUGAAGGAUCCGUGUCAGAAGCAGGCGUGUGACAUACAGAAGUGUUUACAAGCCAACAAUUACAGUGAAAGUCGGUGUGAAGACGUGAUUCGUGCGAUGAUGAAAUGUUGUGAGGCUCAAAAAGGAAAAGACUCUGUGUGUUGUGCUGGAUUUACACAAGGACACAAAACUACUGCGGAUAAAACACAGGAUGGUGUGGAGGUGAGAAGGUCAGAGAAAGUAGAAGAACAUGGAGUGUCCUGCACAGAGCCCUGAACCUGACUCAACACCACUGAACACCUUUGGGAUGAACUGGAACUGGAGUCUCGUCAACAUCCCGACAUCAGAGUCUGAUCUCACUGAUGAUCUUGUAGCUGAAUGAACACAAACCCACACAGAUACUGUACACUCCAACAUCUAGUGCAAACACUUCACACGAGAGAACAGUGGAGCUGAUUGGAACUGGAACUGGAAUCUGGAAUGAGACGUUCUGGAAGAUGGCGAUGGUCAGAAGGCACAAACUUUUGGCUGUAUAGAACAUAAAUGUGUAUAAACAUCAAUGUGUACAAUGUCGAUUAAAGGAAAUUGUAAGAAA